UGUUAUGAUGUCAAGUCAGUCUCUCGAGUCUCGACCCUCGUGUACCAGGAGCUGUUAUAAGUUGGAGGUACUUCACAUUUACGGAACAAAUUUUCAAUGAAAAUGGCAGAUCAACCUACCCAAGAAAUGUCUACGGUAACAGUAGGGAAAGAGAAACCGAAGACCGCAAAGCAGUUAGAGAAAGAGGCCAAGAAAGCAGCGAAAUUAGCCAAGUUUGCAGAAAAGCAGGCUAAAGUUGCCGAGAAUAAGCCUGAGUGUCAGCAGAAUGACAAGAAAACUAAGAAAGUGGAAGAGAAAAAGGUGAUCACGUAUGAGGUACAAACACCUUUGGGAGAUAAAAAAGAUAUAGAAGUGGACCUACCAGCCCAGUACAGUCCUAAGUAUGUGGAGGCUGCCUGGUAUGCCUGGUGGAAAAAGCAGGGAUUCUUCAAACCAGAAUAUGGAGUAAGUAUGAUUUUCUAACUUGUUACCCUUCACCAAGUUCUCUUAUUACUGUGCCAG